CUGCCAUAAGACCAACUUUGGACCUUCAAUUGAAUUCACUCUUUGCUAUAAUCGAAAACGCUAAUUUCUUUUCAUCUUCGAUCAGUAUAAUACUGUUAUUUGUCCGGAUUUUUUGAAACUUUUGGCUAAUAAACCGAACGAGCAAUAAUGCCGCCGAAGGUGCAAUCGAAGGCUGAUUUAGCGAAGAAGCAAAAGAUCGUUGAAGACAAAACAUUUGGGCUCAAGAAUAAGAACAAGAGCAAGAAUGUGCAGAAAUAUGUCCAAAACCUCAAGCAAUCGGUGCAACCCAAACCGGACUCGACUAAAGUUGCCGUUAAGAAAAAGAAAGAGGAAGAGAAGGCAAGAGAGAAGGAGCUGAAUGACUUGUUCAAGGUAGCCAUUAGUCAGCCAAAAGUGCCUGUGGGUGUUGAUCCCAAGUCUAUCGUGUGUGAAUUUUACAAAGCGGGUCAGUGCACUAAGGGCUUCAAAUGCAAGUUCUCACAUGAUUUGAAUGUCCAGAGGAAGGGUGAGAAGAUUGAUAUUUACAGUGAUAAGCGUGAUCAAGACAAAGAAACAAUGGAA